AUGCCGGAUGACACUCUCCUCGUUCCUACCGUAUUGACCUCUGGAACGGUUCAUUUUGCCACUGUCGCCGCAACAAGCACAGCAAAGGAUGUGGUUGAUGCGCUGGUCUCCAAGAGUGAAGUGAAAGAAGAGGCAUUAGGUGGACUUGAGGAGAUUGGUUGGGCCCUGCAACGAGUACGCGUCGAACGUAGCGGACGGUCUUGGGAAGAAGAUGACCUUGAGGAGUUAGGUGAUGGUACCAUUGAGCCUGGUGCACUUGUCGCACCAUUGCUCCAGACAGCGUUGCCGGAUUCACCUUCGAAACGACAUUUCUCUUCAUUUCCGAUGACCUCCCACCUUCACAACCCUGUAUUACGCCUCGUCUCGCUGAAUCCAGAGCUGUCACUCACGGUCUCAUUUCUUCGAGUGCCAGAAAUUCAUGAUGGCUACGAAUACAAGAUAUAUCUUCAUCCAAACAUGACAGUGAAACAGGUCAUCGACCUAGUGAUUGAGGAACUCGGGCUCACAAAGAGUCUACCUGUGCCUGGAGGUGGCGCGCUAGAGUAUGUGCUUGAGGAGGCGUGGAUCGAUGGGCAACAAGAUCGCGGGUCGCGUCUCCCUCCGUCUGCUUCCAUGUUUACCAUAACACGCUCUGCUUUUUGCCCAAAUCCUUUCUCCUCACAAGCCUCUCGUAUCUUUCGCUUCUGUGUCCCUGACGAGUGGUAUCGCCGUUCCAAAUCACGCGCCGUCUCUUCUGCUUCCGUUGAACCGACAGAGUCGACGUUGCGGCGAUUGGCAGCCUUACAGGAGUCUGAUGAAGAGGAGAUGGAUGAAGGAGAUGGCACGGCAAAAGUCUCCGACAAUGCUACCACGCAAUCGCCAUCCACACCGAGUCACCAAGGAACAUUCUCGCAGAAUCGUCUGUCCCAUAUUUUCGACGGUUGGCUUGCGCCCACUUCACCCACCUCUUCUCCAACGCCAACCGAGAAAAGACGCACGAUUGUGAGCGAGCCAAAGCCUCUGGAUAAGCGGGCGACUAAAGACGCCAGAGCUCAAGUCAGCGACACCAGUGAAAGUGAAGAGUCUGAUGUUGACUCCGGUGAUUUCGAACAGAUGCUGGACGAUCUCAACCUCAAAGGCGAGAAGCGUGCUGCGAUGCAUUCCUUGCCUCCCAGCCGCAAACGAUACUUGUUGAAGCAGAACAGUGCUCUACGCGCCUCCAUUCCCAAACAAGCACCUGGAUCUCCCACUUCACCCUCUUACGCAGCUUCGUAUGGCCCAUCUAGUGCCAGCGCGCUGCUUCCGCGACUUGUCCCCCAGUUGACGGGUGACACUGGCCUCAUGCGACGUCUCUCAAUGGCGGGCUGGGGUGCUAGCGCACCUCCUGUCGUGACUGCCGAGUCCCCUCAGCGUACGAGCGGCGAGUUCGAUGUGGCGUUAGACCUCAAACCCAGUCGCAAGGCUCAGAUGGAAAGAGCAGCGGAAGCGCAGCCAUUGCAGCCACAAACGACAGGCAGUCUGUGGGGCUCAUGGUGGACAUCGUCCAGCACCAUGACCUCUGGUGAUGGCUUGAAGACCGCGAAAUCGUAUGUAGAAAGGUUGCAAUCACCAAAAGCAAUGGAUAAGAAGUUGGCAAGUCAUCUGAUUUCGUUAAGAGUGCACUUGUCUACGGCCAAGGUAGCUUGGAUCGAAGAGUUCAUCACUGCGGAGAAAGGAUUGAUAGCUUUGGGCGGGUUGUUAACGACACUCGUUGGCAAGGGCGGAAAGAGGAGACUCUUGAAUGAGGCGGAAAACACAGUUUUAGCGGAGGUGAUUAAAUGUUUCAGAGCAUUGCUAAAUACCGAGCUUGGGUUUAAUGAAGUUCUGGCUUCGCCCACAAUGAUCACCCACAUAACCUACUCACUAAACAUCCCAUCUCUUAAAAUCCGAACUCUCGCCUGCGAGCUUCUUGCUGCCAUAUGUGUCGUCUCGCUCGUCGAUGGCCACCGCGCAGUUCUGGCAGCUUUGUCUGACUAUCGCGUCGCAUUUGACGAACAAUUUCGAUUUGAUACCCUUAUUGAAUCGCUGCGGCUACCAGACAUCCAUAACGACAGUGACGGGGAGGAAAUUGUUGGAUUCGGCAACGAGGAAGAAGGGAUCUGGGAAGCCAGGACUGCGACGUUGGCAUUGCUGAAUGCUCUGACGACAUGCCCAGAAUCGCUGGAGGACCGUGUGCUUUUACGAGAGGAACUAAGUCGACGAGGACUCAAUGAGAUCAUUGUGACCCUAAGGUACAUAAAUCCUCCCGAUUCCCUCAAGACACAAUUGGAUGUGUACACAGAAGAGAAGUUCGAGGAUGAAGAGGAUAUGCGCCAACGAGCCAAAGCACUCAUAGAGUCUCACAGCGACAGCCGCCAUGGACGAUCACUCUCAGACUCUGACGUCGAGCUUGAAGAUCUCGUUCGUUUAGCGAAGCAACACGGAGAGUUGUACCCCAUGAUGUUGGAGAUACUCAGCUACUUCAGCCAAAUCCUCUCCAAAGACACCGCAAUGCAGCUGAAGGCGGACUUAUUUUCCAUCCUAGACAAUUUCGUUCAACAGGCAGCUUUGCUUGAUGAUUUUGACAAAGGCUGGUAUGUCUUCAUGAAGAAAUUUGCUGACUCGGUUCAGCACAUUACUGGACAAGAACUCGAAGUCAAACCCCCCUCGGAUUCAGUAUCCAUAAACGUAGUCGAAGAGGAACUUGAAGCGCUAAGGUCUCAAGUAGAGGAACUCAGCGAAGAGAGAACGAAGCUUCGCGAUGAACUCAACCAGCAGCUCGCUGAGCUUCAAACACUCAAAUCCCUUCCUUUGAAUAUUGCAGUGCCUCACGCCAAGGGAGGAAAGGGAGGCCCCGAGAACUUCCAUGGGCUAGUCCAACGUCUAGUGCAGAAGGAGAAGCAGGUGCUGAAACUCCAGGCAGACUUGGAUAGGUCGAAAGCUGAAAAUCCCUCUGAAGGACGAGAUGCUGAUGAGAAGGCUAAGAGAGAGCGUGAUCGAGCAAAGUGGAAUGCUUUGAUGGACGAGAUCGCUAAACUCAAGAUCAAACUUGGGGAACUCGAAACUGCGGUGGACAUCAGGGAUAAAGAAAUAACCUAUCUCAAACGCGCUUUGGAGUCCGUUUACACAAGGUUCAUGUCUCGGGAUGAAAUGAGGGAAGCUGCAAAAGAAGCCGAAAUGGAUGCUGAACUCAUUGCCAACCGUACCAUAGAACGACUGACACAACGAGACGAAGAGAUUGCUGCUCUGCGCAAAGAGAUAAUCGAAUUGAAGGCGAAGUUAGAAGUUAGGCCGAAGACGGAGAAAGAGUUCAAGGUCAGGUCCCCGCCCCCGCCCCCACCUGCUCCUAAGCCCAAGCGGAUGGCGACCCUUCCCUCAGUGUUUACAUCAGUGGCCGUUCGGCCCUCUCGUCCGUCGAAGAAGCUGAAACCCUUCUUUUGGAACAAACUUGCCAACCCUGCUGUCGCCUCAUCCUUCUGGAAUGAAGCGUCACUUGAUACCGCGUUCAAGAUUGACGAUCUAGAGGAAACAUUCACCUUGGAUAACACACCCGCCGCAUCCUCCCUUGUGAAGAGCCCAACAACUAAGAAGAAUGUCACGACGCUCCUUGACAUCACACGAGCCAAUAACGUUGCUAUCAUGUUGGCUCGAAUCAAGGUCGGCCACAAGGAUAUUCGCAAGGCAAUUUUGGAUCUGGAUGAUAGUAAACUUGACGUCGACGAAUUGAAGGCGAUCAGCAAGCAGUUGCCCACUCAUGACGAAAUAAAUCGCAUUAGGGAUUUCGACGACGUUUCUAAGCUGGCAAAAGCUGAUCAGUACUUCAGUCAGAUCAUGACUAUCCCUCGCCUCACAGAGCGAUUGGAUUGCAUGUUGUACCGUCAUAAAUUAGACUUGGAUCUUAAUGAAGUGUGCUGUGAGCUACAGGCGCUUCGGGUAGUUGCUGGCGACCUUCGAUCUUCCUUGAAGUUUAAGAAGAUAUUGCAGGCUGUACUUUCAGUAGGGAAUGCUUUGAAUGGCUCAUCCUUUCGAGGCAACGCUCGUGGCUUCCAGCUUGAAGCGCUAACAAAGUUACAAGAGACCAAGACAGCGCGAGGGGGCAGUAGUUGUCCUACAAUGCUACAUUACCUUGCGCGUGUCCUGCUGAGGACGGAUCCCACCUUGAUACCGACUGAAGAAGACCUACGGCCACUCGAGGCUGCCACUCGAACAUCCAUGCAGACCCUCAUGCAAACAGUGAAUUCUUUGGUCUCUGGCCUAGCGCAAGUCAAGAGUGAAGUAGCUCAAAUCAAAGCUCUUAGGGUUGCCCCCGAAGGGGACCGCUUCGUAUACAUAAUGGAGCCUUUCGUCAAGGAGGUCACCCCGAAGAUAGACAAACUGAAGCUAAUGGGAGACUCGGUCGACCAGCAAAUCAAGUCCUUGCUCUUGUAUUAUGGAGAAAGUCCCGAUUCUCCUGACGCCCCUAAGGCUGAAGAUUUCUUUGGAAUGAUUGCAACAUUCUACUCCUCCCUUCAGAAAUGUGCUACUGAUUUGAUAUCUUCCAACGCUACGAUAUUACCGCCUCCACCUCCACCAGAAAUCCACGAGCCGGCACAAGCGGCGCCUGAGAAGACUAUCAAAGAGAACGUAGCCCCUUCUAGUUACCUGCAACCCACCGCUAGGCCCAAUCAGCGUUCCAUUGGCAGAGGUGAUUUCGAUAAUGCUCUCAGCACCAUGAGAACAGGGAGACGGAGGGAACGUCCGAAUCGCGACCGCGAUCGUCCGCUCAGCAAGAUAUUCCUUGAUGGUGGUCGCCCAUGA